AGGGAGAGAGAGAGGGAGGGAGAGAAGGGAGGGGAGAGGAAAGAAUAGGGAAUGGACCAGCUGCACUGUGUCAUUGCUGAACUGAGAGGCUGCAGGCAGCAUGAGCAUGUGUGAUACCCUCUUUAAGAGACAGUGGAAUAGGUGCAGUCGCUUCUAAGCACGAUGAGCACCCAGGUGUUGUUCCUCUUCUUCAUUGUGAAUUUUCUCUCACUACAGCUCGCACUCUGCCAAGAGGGUCAGAGUGAAGCUAACUCCAGCUUGAGCGAUAGACUGCCCAAUGUAUCCCUUGGCAACCAUACGCUCAAUCUGUCCCGCAAACUCAUGCAGUUUGUCCAGUCAGAUCUCAAGAGCUUGACACACCUGAAAGUUCUGAAAAAGCACAUGGGACCACUCUCCACAGUGCAGAAACUUGACCUGUCUGGAAAUGGUCUUCACUCGGACACGAUUGACUACCUUCUGAGAGAUGCUCCUGCUCUUACCGAUCUUUAUUUAAAUGAAAACAGCAUAACAAAACUAGGCAAUGGUACAUUCAGUGGUUCCCUUUCACUAAGAAACAUUGAUUUGCAUAACAAUGUCAUUCUAGAGAUUGAGGAGGGCGCAUUUGAUUCUCUGCUUAAUCUCACUGUCCUGGAUUUAUCAGUGAAUUCUAUCUCAUGCAUUAAUGACUUUAACCUGUUCCAGCUGACAUUAUUAAACCUAAGCAAAAACAGCUUGACCUCCUUCCAGAGCAUUGAUUCAAACCAAGAGUUUAAGUUGCUCUACCUGGACCUGAGAGAGAAUAAGAUGCACUACUUUCCUGUCCUGCCAAAGAGGAAUCAGAUCAUCUAUCUAGACCUUUCACGGAACCAGCUGCAUAGCUUGAACAGCACAGGUCCAGAAGAUGAGCUUCAGUAUCUGAGGGACAUAGAAGAACUGACUUUUGUUCCACUCCACAGCAGCAAAACACACCAGAUACUUCCCUGUCUUCUGUACUUAGACCUGAGCUAUAACCAACUUAAGGCUGUACCUCCCGAUUUCUUCUCCAGCUUGGUGGCUCUGGAUACCCUGAACAUCAGCAAUAACUGUCUGGAAAACUUUGUGGUGGACGUUAAUAGUCCUCUGAAUGCACUGAAGACCCUCGACCUGAGCUUCAACAACCUGCAGAACCUGACCUUUAUGCAAAACACACUGUGGGCACUGCAGACUCUCUACCUGCAGGGCAACAUUCUCAGUAUGCUGGACUCUGGAAUCUUUCAUUUACCCAGUAUCACCAACCUGCAUUUUCAGUUUAAUGAACUGAACAUCUGUGGUCCACAGCAAAACCAAACCAGUGGCUGUGUCUCUCUCUCCUCUGUUCCUACCCUGCGAUACCUUUACCUGUCUGAGAACAAACUGACUUCCUUGCCUGCACAUGCCUUCCAGGGAAGCCCUUUGCUCAUCCUGGAUCUUUCUCUGAACCCUAACAUGAAAAUCAGUGAACAGGCCUUCUCAGGCUUAGAGAGGUCCCUCACCCAUCUCUACUUGAGAGGAAACCAGCUUGAAAACCUGAACAUCAACCUCUCACUCUUACGCAGCUUGAAGGUGCUGGAUUUGACCAAUAACCUGUUAGAUGGCCUUUCUCUGGGAAGAGACACCACCAUUGAGAGUCUGAAUCUGCAGAACAACAAAGUCAAGAUUCUAGAUUCUUCCACACUAUUGGCACUAGAGAAGACACUCAGAACUCUAAAUCUUGCCUCAAAUCCACUCAUUUGUUGUGAAAACAUGCCACUGAUCAGCUUGUUACAGCAGGCCCAUGUGGACAUUGACAAUGCCACCUGCCAAUUCCCAAGGGACACUGAGUACGGGAAUGUCAGCCUCAGAGAUGUAAGACCUGAACACUGUGAAACUCUGAACAGCAAAGUGCUUGUAAUUGCUAUGAUUGCUGUACUAGUUUUGGGACUAAUGAUUGUUUUGCUGGUGGCCAUAAAGUUGUGUCACUCAGGAAGUCACAGAUUCAACAGUUACAAGGCUUGAAAUAUUCUAGCAAGUAAAAAACCAAGAAAAGUAUAUUAAUGUUAUCAGAUGUCAGGUAUUGAACUGUAAAACAAUACCUUUCAUCUACAUGACAAACAGUUCACCUCCAUCAGGCAGAAUAGUAUAGCCCAUAUAUAAAGACUGGGAAGCUAGAUAGGUGCUGAAUAACCAUACAUGGAAGCAGGGACAGACAAAAAUGUGACUGGUAUCACAUGAGUUCAGUAGAAGGUCCCUUCGCAGGGAGGUACUGAAAAUAUGUAAUAUGUAGGAUGGGGAAAUGGCUAAAAUGGUUAUACCACGUUAAAACACUAGGCACCAUGUUAAGGAUGUGAACAGAAAGGUUUCAGCAUAACAGAAAAACAAAGUUGACUAGACACAUAAGCCCAACAUAAUUGCCUGAAGAAGAAGAAGGGUUCUAUGUAAGAGUUGGAACAUGAGGAUCAGCACAAAUUCAGUAAGAAACCAGCGCUCUUACUUCAUGUAACAAUGACAGACAGUGGAGAUAUGAAGGACCAUCUUUACUGAAUGGUUAUGUAUACAAAAUGAAGAUGUCUUUAUUUAUGUCAGUACUGUCAUUUUAGAUGGUCACUACGUUUCCCCAGGGUUGUCAAACAACUGUUCUUUUGCACUUUAAGGACUGGGGUUAUAUGAAUAUGAAAGAUGUGUGGACGGUUUUGUACACAUUGUAUAACCCGUAUAACCAAACUCAUCAAAAACACUAUAAAGGAUGCACCUACUACAGUUUUACACAGGGGUAUAGAAUAAAGCUGGAUUUGAAACUGUAAAAUCCACGUUACUCACAACUGAAUUGUCAUCAUUAAGGCGAGUGGCACUGAUGACUUUAUAAAUGUAAUAUAGCCUUAGGACUUCCUAAUAAGCUAAUGUGGCAUGGGAGUCAUGGGACCAGACAUAGACCAUGUGAAGUGUGUGUGUGUGUGUGUGAGAUAUGAUUAAACCGAGCCUCAGCAGAGGAAGUGUUGCUGUCCGGACACCUGCAGUAAAACUGAGGCAUGUUUUCACAGCUUUAGGGCUGCUACAGUUACCUUUCCUGUUAUUGAUUUGGUCUUCACAACUCUAAGGUGUUGUUGUUGUUGUUGUUACUUAGCCCGAAUGUAGCUGUUUCGCUGUUGGAAAUAUUAUCAUUUUCAAAAAUCUAAAUGUAAAAUAUUCCUCUAGGGUACUUGAGUAUCCUUUUUAAGGUAGCAUCAUCAUUCAUUCAGCUUAUUUUAUUAAUAGAUUUCAGGGUGGAAGCUGUUUAAACUCACUAUCUAUACCAGGACCUGGCAUGACCGAAAUAGACAGGAGGAAAUCCCUGUGUGAUUGAAUGUGUCAUCACUUUGUAUAUAAAUAGAAGUUCAUUUCAUAGGUUGUUGACGCUGUAAUGAUACAAUAUUUCCUCUUUCAUGGUCACUACCACUUCUUGUUUAACGUCCUACGCAAUCCGCGCCAUCCGAAACUAGAAGCGAUCACAUACACACACCUACACACUGCUCAGUUCAAACUCAGUCUCCUGAUCCAUUCCACUAAAUAUUAAUGCUUUAUAAAGAAAUUAUUAAAAAAAAAAAAAAAUGUAUGAAGAAGAAUGUAAAUGAGAGAUGUAUAUUUAUGAAUAUCCAUAUUUUGUUAAAUAAAUGAUGUGUCCUGUGUUGUAAA